AAGUCAUUCUACUUUCACCUGUCACAGCAUGUCCGGCAUAAUCAUAUUUCAGUGUCUUCCCAUAUCCGGUUUCCGUAUACCUUCCAGUGCCAUGUAUGUCCUUUAAUUUCAAUCGCAAACCCACCAAAUAUUGCUGGCCAUCAUUUAUCCCAUUUUCAUAACCGUAAGACUUGGCCGUGUCCAUGGACGUGUUUCAAGCCUGCUCCAAGAUGUUCAAAGCAACCAGCUACACCUCAUCCAUUCAUUCCUCAUCAGCCAAAGCGGAUUUCAAUCGCCGGAGGAGCAGCAACCGGUCAGGUCCGCCUCCGCGUCCAAAGCCGCAGAGAAGUCACAUCCUGGAAAUGCACGAUAUAUUCCUAAAGCACGACAGUCGGGGAGACAACAAGAUCGCCAUUAGCUCCUUGGGCGACUGCCUCAGGGCAAUGGGCGCUAAUCCCAGCGAGAAGGUGGUUAAGAAGCACAUCCGUCUACUGGAGGCUGGCACUAUUCGUCGCAUCUCCUUCGACGAGGUAAUGACCAUAUACAGCAGCCUUGGGAAAUGUGCAACCAAGCCGAGUGCACGAAGGAAACAGACCCAGGAGUUGGACUUCACUUCCAGCCUGCGGCUGUACGAUGUGGACAACUCCGGUUAUUUGCCUGCAGCCCGACUCCGGCGUAUCCUUACAUGCUGCGAGGAUUGUAUGAGUGAUGCCGAGGUGAAUGAAUUACUAGAGGGCAGGAUCAAUGCCCACGGCAUGGUCAACUACGGACAGCUAAUCCAUGACAUAGUCAAUGGAUAAUGGAGGAGCAGCAAACAGGGUGCGGAAAUGGGAGGAGGAUAGAGUUAAACGGAGGAGCGAAGCCUAGAAAACAAUAGACUUGAUUGACAGGUGAAAGUUAGUUGUUAAUAAAUGUUUAUGGAAAUCCC